UAAUAUUGCACUCUUUAGAAUUUUCUACACUGGAAAUGAGAAAAAUUAUAUGUAUAUGUUUAGACGUUGGAGAAAGAAAGAAAGUGAAGAAUCAGCUGAGUGCAAAAAUUUUGUUGUAUGUUGUUUUCUCACGAUUAACAAAACACGUUGAAUUUUACGGCAAUCGAAGCCGUUUUCGUGCGUUUCUUAUUGAAAUAAUGAAGCAUCGAUAAUAUGAACGCUCAAUAAAAUAAUGUUUGUGGUAUCCAAAAUAACGACAAUAUAACCUCUUUCUCUCUCUCUCUUUCUCUCUGUAUUUCUCUUCCACACCGAAUCGGCGAAUUUGAGAUUGCAUCUCGAUGUUUUUUUCGGUCGUUGAUCCUCGCGAUCGUGCCUUGCAUUUUUUAUGAUACAUUGAUCACGCAAGUACUAUGUUUGACGAUUGUGGGCAUGGAGAAUUUCAAACUGUUUUGAGGAGUUAUUUACCAAAACAUUAAGAAGGAUGCCUGGAAGCUGCGCGAGUCUGAUUAGAUUAAUCAGACGACGUGUUGUUCUUGGACUCAUCUUCGCUUUGUCACUGACGUAUUGUGCCUUUUCGUUAUUCCGAAGUGAAAAUAAAGAUUCAUUGAGUCUAGACAGUGAUCUUGAUCAAAUGGAUCCUAUAAUGCUUAAUGAUAACAAUGAAGAUCUGAUGCCUGAUGAUAACAUGCUUCCAGAAGAGCUAAGAGUAUCCAGUAAGCCUUUAUUAUGGCAAAUGGAAAUACCUGAUCAAGCAGAUAAUACAGGCAAUAUGGAUAUGGUCAAUUUAAAUGAGAACAAUGCUUCUACCCAGCCCUGUCGCAAUUCUGUUCAAGGAAAAGGUUUAAUAGUAGAUGAACGCGGCAUAGUAUGUUCAAGACACGAAGUUCUGUCGAAUGGCUGUUGUGCAAUAGAGUUGAAACAGGCAUCAAAGAAUGAAGAGACUUUGUCUGUUGCCAAAAAAGAGAGAUAUAGCUGUAAAACAUGCAAUUCUCGAGGAUGUUGUACUAUUUAUGAAUAUUGCGUCUCUUGUUGCCUACAUCCUGACAAGUCAAUACUACAAUUAAAAGGUCGAAAGUCAGCUUCCGCAAAGAUGCCAAAAGACGAGGGGAGACUGCGUAUACGUAAUCCGGAUCGCUUUCAGAUUUGCUUGGCCAUUUGUCGCACAUCGAGCUCGAGCGUGCGACACGAGAACACUUACAAAGAUCCUCUCGCGAAGUUUUGUUACGUUCCACAGCCGUUGAAUUCUCAGCGACAUCAUCGCAAUUUUAAUUCAUUAAAUAAUAACGGCGACAAUCCCGCCGUUGUCGUUACUUCUUCUUCUGUAGUGAUGUUAUUUACCCAUCUUUUUCCCGAAUGUCAUACCUUAUAUUGUUUAUUAAAUGAAUCCCACGUUGACCUCUCUUCCUAUAUGAAUAUUAUUUACAUUGAAACUAUGUAUGUUUACAUUUAA